CUCAGGAGAGGUGUCUUAGAGGCAGAGAUCUCAGGAUAGGUGCCUUAGAGCUGACUUAAACUCAUUGAUUAUGUGUAAUUGCCUUAGUAGGCAUAUUAAUACAACAACCCAACACUUUUUCUCUCAAGAUUUCUUGGGUCUUACGCUUCCCAUUGAAGGACCCGCCUUCUUCUAAUGUAUUAUUGCUUCACGGGUGUGACUUUACUUGAUCAAUGCAUUGGUACUUUUCAUAGCUAGAUGAUGGGCGAGCCUUUGUAAAAUCAAAAUCUAAAAGUAAAACCCCACUCCUACUAGCAUUUGUAUUGGUAGCCGAUAUUGCACAUGAGUAUGAGUACAAUAUCGUUCGUUUUCAUUGUCAAGUUUGUAUGGAUUUGUUGUUGUAUUAUUUCCAAAAGGUUUUGCACUAGUAGAAUUAGGGGAUCUCUUAUAUAGUAUGUGUUGAUGUGACUUGAAUCGAACUAUCAGCCGCUACGACUGGUAGUCGGGGGUCUCGCUGAUCGGUGGGGGUGCGGGGGCAACGCCCCCGGCCCACAGUGUAUGGGCUCAAUGUUAUUUGGGUUCGGGUUCUGGGCCUGGUUUGUAACCGUUUCCUUUGCCAGAUUGGAUUAGGUUUAGACCUACAUGGACAAGUACUAUAAAUACUUCUCAUACUCCUCUGUAAUCUGUAAUCUCCUCGAUAUAGUGAAACUGGCUCUCUCUCGCCCGUGGACGUAGCUAACACGCAUCGUGUUAGUGAACCACGUAAAUCGUGUGUCAAUGUUUUUCGAUUCUCGCUUUCGUAUUCUUGCUUUAUCGAUUCCGGCGAUUUCCCGAUCCGUAGCAGCGCGUUUAUAACAGUAUGGAAGUUUCUCUCAUUUCCCGAACAAUGAUCGAUCAAUCUACCAGUCACCUUGCAUCUAUAAUUCUCGACACAAGAGGCCAAACGAAUACCUCCAUUUUUUACAUUCUCUGGAUGCAUAUCUACAAUCGCGCAGUCACAUAAUGAGGGUCUACACAUCAUCGGUCCAUCGCCUUGAAUAUGAACAUUCAUAUUAGACUCAGAUACCACUUAUUGUGAUUGAACACUCGACAUCUGUACUAUAUUUGUCCGCUUUGGACAAUACGUAUCUUUUGUAUAUAUCCUCUCUCUUUAUAACUUCUUGUUUUGUGCUUCUCCUUUUACUAUAUUUCGAUUGAUUUCAAUCCUACAAAUUAUCUUAAGUACGAAGAAAAAUAAAUCGAAUUUAAAUCGUACAUAUACAAACUAAAUAAAUCACACAUACUUUUGACCUAAUUUUACUACGUCCUUUACGAUUGGUUCACCCUAUCUCAAAUCCAUUGAGUUCUAUUCGACGGAUCCAUCCCUAACCCAAUAAAAAUAACAAGGAUAAAAUAUGUAUUGGGCCGAGCCCGAUCAGACCGAAACAUAUAUAUUGCGUCCAACUCCGCUUUCUUCUCCUCCAAACGCUCUCCCCAUUCUCCUCGGAGAACCAGGGCCGCCGCCGUCACCAACAAAAUCCCCCGCGCAAAUCCCUAUAUUCUCUCUCUCUCUCGCCAAUCGCCAUUCCUCCCAUAAAACAAAUCCUCCCAUCCAAGAAAAUCGCGGAAAAGAAAGAAGGCAAAUCCGAGAAAGAAUCAAAAGAAACCCCCCGUCGAUUGAUGCCGUCGGCUGUUCUUGCGAAUCCAACUUCCGAACCCAUCGAUUUCCGGCGCAGGGUGGUGCAAAAGGUCCAAUCUUUCUUUCAGAAUCUGUUGACGAUGGCUGGGAAGGGAGCGAGGAAGGCCGCCAACAACCGCUCUGCCGAUUCCACCGCCGUCAAGAGGGUCGCCGGCGGCGUCGGGAAAAGGAACACUUCCAAUUCCGCCGCGACGGCAAAACGGCAAAAGGCGGGGUUGACCGCGCCCGCGGUUAACCCUAGCGCCAAGGAUGUAAAUAACAACAAUAACAACAAACAACCGACAACUAGAGCUGCUGCUGCUGCUGCUGCUGCAAAAGCUUCGGAAGAAAAGCUGAAAUUGGGAGGUGGAGCGACGAAGGGUAAUGUUGAUUCCAAGGCAAAAGCUUCAGGAGGGACAGCAAAGAAGGAGAAGAAGCAACCAGUUCCUAAGAAUGCAACUCUGAAGGAGAAACCUGAGGCAGCUUCUCAAGCUCAGUCUCAACCUACAGGGGAGAAGCUGAAGCUAGGACCACAGAAGACGAAUCCUAAACCGAAAGGGUCGCCAAGAAAACAGCAGCAGAGGAGGAAGGGAGCGAAUCCGUCCUCGCCGCAGGGAAAGGAAGCAGUGGAGAGAGGGAUGACAUAUUACCUGAAGUGCGAUGAAGCAUUGUAUGCAGGUUUGGUGGGAGGGGGUGAAGGGGGUAAUGACUGGAAGCUAGGGCAGAACUGCAUGAUCUGCGAGAGGGAUCUGGCGUAUGCGCCCGUCCCACCGGAGAACGAAUCGGGGACUAUGAACUUCCCUGAAGCUGCGGUGCUGGGUUGCGGCCAUGUCUUCCACAUGCUGUGCUUGAACAUGGCUUCCGAUGAGCAAGAUAGUGAGCCUGCUUGCUUCAUAUGUGCAAGCCUCGAUUGAAAGUUGAAAAAGCACACACGAAUUCAUUGCAGAACUGUAAAUUGUAGGGGGAAUCAAGGUUGGUAGAUAUGAUUGUUAGAACAGAGGAAGCAAAUUUUUUGACCAGUUUCAUCAUAGGACCGAACUAGGAAGGUGCAUAUGGCCUUGUUUCUUCCAUGGGUUUAUACAGUAGCAGAGCAUAGAUAAAGAAAAUGAACAUUUUGAU